GGCUCGUCGCAUCCAAGAACCGUUCAUAAAUCCACGAUCAUCGUCUCACGCGGAAGGGCAGCAUCCGGUCUUAUAAAGGGUGCCGAUCAUCAGGGCACCCACUGUCUGCAGCUUGAGCUACCCCGUCUCUGUACUGUGGGGAGCCAAGCACAUAAAGCAAGCGGCCCACCCUCUUUUUGAAUUUGCUCUAUUUUAUCUCGACGACAACUGGCUCUGAACAUUCAGUUCUCCUUCCAUCCUCUCACUCCUAUUCUCAAAGAUGGGGCCCAAAAAAGACUCAAAGUCUGCUGUGCCAAUUCAGCCUGUGCCAGAGAAAAGAGGUUAUGAAUUUGGCGGACCAUUAGGUGCUUUUGGCAUUGUUUUCAUCCUACCCAUUCUCGUGUAUUGCUUCGCAUUUUUUUGCAAUGACAUCUCGGGAUGUCCUGCACCGUCGCUUCUUCACCCAUCGACUCUGACAUGGGAUCGGUUGAAGGAGGAAAUCGGUUGGCCCGAUGAAGGACUCAUGGGUAUUUAUAACACUCGUGUCACGUUGUGGGUUCUGUCGUACUAUGCGCUUCAUAUUGUGCUUCAGAUCGUCCUGCCGGGUCAGGUCGUGGAAGGGGUCCCGCUGGCAUGUGGUGGACGACACAUCUACAAAUUCAAUGCAUUUCGCUCCUCCAUAUUAAUCUUCGCCGGCUUGGGCGCCGGGACCUACGUAUACGGUGCCGACUUUGCUGUCUGGACAUUCAUUUGGGAUAAUUACUUGCAAGUGGUGUCCGCUAACCUUCUCAUUGUUAUUGUUCUUUCCAUCUAUGUUUACGCGAGGAGUUUUUCUAUUCCUGCUCCUGGUCAACCAAACCCCGAGUAUCGUGAAUUGGCCCCUGGAGGCCAUUCUGGCAACGUCCUGUACGAUUUUUUUAUCGGCCGGGAACUCAAUUCUCGAAUUACUCUACCAAUUCCCUUUGUAAGCGAGAAGGCAUCCAAAAUAAUCGACAUUGGUACCUUUUGUGAAGUGAGACCUGGUUUGACCGGAUGGAUUAUUAUGAAUCUUGCAAAUAUUGCCCACCAGUACCGCACGCAUGGGUAUGUCACAGAUUCGAUCCUUCUUAUCACGGCAGUCCAGGGUUUCUAUGUCAUGGAUUGCCUUUAUAUGGAGCCUGCUAUUUUAACAACCAUGGAUAUCAUUAUGGAUGGUUUCGGAUAUAUGCUCUGCUUUGGAGAUUUAGUGUGGGUGCCAUUUAUCUACUCGACACAAACAAGAUAUCUCGCUAUCUUCCCUUACAAGAUGGGUUUGAAUGGUCUUGCCCUUAUCGCUUCAGUCUCCGGGCUUGGAUAUUACAUUUUCCGUUCAGCCAACAACGAAAAGAACCGAUUUAGGACAGAUCCGAAUGAUCCUCGGGUGCAGCAUCUCAAAUAUAUCACUACCAAGACCGGCUCCAAGCUUAUCACAUCCGGAUGGUGGGGAACGGCGCGUCAUAUCAAUUAUUUCGGUGACUGGCUUAUGUCUUGGGGCUACUGCCUGCCAACUGGCAUUGCAGGCUAUGUUAUGCUUGAAACAAUCAACCCAUCCACUGGGCAAUUGGAGAAACGGGCCGUUCAAACUCCUGAGGCUCAGGGUUGGGGCUCAAUAUUCACGUAUUUUUACGUGCUAUAUUUUGGAAUUCUGUUGAUUCACCGUGAGGGGAGAGAUGAGGAGAAGUGCCACAAAAAGUAUGGCAAGGACUGGGAAAAAUAUAAAUCCCUAGUACGAUACAAAAUUAUUCCAGGCAUUUAUUAGGACGUUGUGUAUGAGGGGAGCUGCAGCUGAUUCACGAUCUUACUAAUACACCAAGAGCGAGAGUUAAAUUCCGUGGUGUGGAAUUUUGAUGCUGAUUAAGGCUUGAAAAAAAAAUAUAGACUAGCAUGCAUGUAUUAGUAGUCAGGUAAUAAUCAAUAAAAUGUAUUUUAAC